AUGCUGAUGAGCAAGGGAGACGUCAAAUGCAUGAUAUUAUCCUCGGGGAGCACUCCGUCGGUUUCCAAAGCCACGCUUCAGACAGAGAAUGUGAUACACAAUCAAAAUCAUUGCAUGACGGCAUCUUUCAUCGAUGACUCGCCCCUGGGCGUCAAAGUGUCCAGAGCCAACCCUGACACUAGCAUUGGUUGUGCUGUGGGCAAACGUCGCAAGCAGUUGACAAGCACAGGGGAGCUGUCUGGUCCUCUUCUACCCAUUGUACCCAAGCUCCAGGCUCGGAAGCCACAUCUGCGCGAUUAG